AACCUCCAUCUCUCUCUCUUUCUUCCCCUCCCUCCCUCCCUCCCUCCCUCUCUUCCUCUCCUCCUUGUCAGAAGCACCUGUUGCAUCGUGGUGAGAACAUGAACAUGGAGCAGCAGAGUGACAACAUUUACGAGACUCCCCUGGACAGAGACUCAGACAGCCCAACGGAGGAUACCUACCAGACCCAGACCCAGACCCAGACCCAGACCAGCAGUAUCUACGAGACACCCAGUGAUGUGGUGAAUGAUUCUGUUUACUGUGAUGUGGAAGCACCCCAGGCAUCCGGUAACGGAGACGGUCUAACUGUGGACUACGAGAACACCGGGAGCCUGAGAGAGGCACCUGCGGUUCCACUGCACCGACGGGAGAGCAAGAGCAGCUCCUUCAGGUCCUCCAGCUCAUCAGAAGACGAGGGAGAAAGGGAGAAAAAGAAAGAGAGGGAGGAGGAGAGGCUGGAGAGUGAGGAGGAGAAGGAGGAGGAGAGGCUGGAGAGUGAGGAGGAGAAGGAGGAGGAGAGGCUGGAGAGUGAGGAGGAGAAGGAGGAGGAGAGGCUGGAGAGUGAGGAGGAGAAGGUGGAGGAGAGGCUGGAGAGUGAGGAGGAGAAGGUGGAGGAGAGGCUGGAGAGUGAGGAGGAGAAGGUGGAGGAGAGGCUGGAGAGUGAGGAGGAGAAGGUGGAGGAGAGGCUGGAGAGUGAGGAGGAGAAGGAGGAGGAGAAGGAGGAGAAGGAGGAGAAGGAGGAGAAGCGGAAGUUGGAGAGGAGGGUUCUGCAGGCGAAGGUGAACACAGAUGAAGUCUCUUCCCGGCGGUCCUCUUUGUCAUCUUCUUCAUCAUCUAUUUCUACUUCAUCAUUGUUGUCUGAGCAGGGGAACCCUCCUGAGGAACCAAUGCCAGUAGCAGAUGGGCCAGUGAUCUCACUCUUCGUCAGGGCAGGGAGUGAUGGGGAGAGUAUAGGUAACUGUCCGUUCUCUCAGCGUCUCUUCAUGAUCCUCUGGCUAAAAGGAGUCGUCUUCAACGUCACUACAGUCGACCUGAAGAGAAAGCCAGCUGACCUCCAUAACCUUGCUCCAGGCACACACCCACCCUUCCUGACCUUCGAAGGAGAGGUGAAGACGGACAUCAAUAAGAUAGAAGAAUACCUAGAGGACAUGCUGGCUCCACCCAGGUACCCUAAACUGGCAGCUAAGAACCGGGAGUCCAAUACGGCAGGAAACGACAUCUUCGCCAAGUUCUCAGCCUACAUCAAAAACAUCAGGCCAGAGAACAACGCAGUUCUAGAGAAAAGUCUCAACAAGGCAUUAACCAAGCUGGAUGAGUUCCUUCUGUCCCCGCUGCCAGAGGAGCUGCAGGAUGGCAGAGAUGUGGCAGAAGGGGGGUCUAUACGGAAGUAUCUAGACGGAGACACAUUAACACUGGCCGACUGCAACUUACUGCCCAAAUUACAUGUUGUCAAGGUGGUCGCUAAGAGAUACCGUAACUAUGAGAUCCCUGCAGAGCUGCGGGGUGUAUGGCGUUACAUUCAAAAUGCCUACAGGCGAGACGAGUUUACCAACACCUGCGCGGCUGAUGCAGAGAUAGAACUAGCCUAUCAGGACGUGGCCAAGAGGCUGUCCAAGUGAUAAUGCCUGGAAUCAUUACUCUGUGUAGUUUUUCUAAAUGAAUAAAAUCAGGUUUCAUUAAAUCCAAUAAAAUAAACCAGACUCAGUCAUAUAAAACCUAUUUUAGUAUAUCCUGCUUUCUUUCAGACUUCUGGACUUUUAGACUUUUACUCUAAUAAUUGUUUUUUUUAUAUAGUUCCAGCUGUCCCACAAAAAUACAUUUUCAGAGCAAGGGUGGCGCAGCAAGAUGAUCAAGAGGUUAAUAUUGCAAGAUUAACUUAAUUCAAGAUAUAUGAUCUUCGAUCUUUAUAAUAUGUUAAUAUUUGAACCGUUUUAUUACAGUAAAUUGGAGCAAAGAGCAGUAAUCUAGGAUGAAGAGAAAGUGCUAUUUGAAUGGAUGAACACAGUAUUGAUAACACACAGUAUUUUUGGCCACAGUAGAUUUCAAUGAAUAGUUGGUUAGUAGAUGAAUGAAUGAUAGGGCAUGUGAUUGUGAAGUCCAAGUGUUUUCCCAGACUGCACCAUCCUGUCACAGAGUUGUUGUGUGUAUUGUAAAAGCAGGAAUUGACAACAAAGUGGUCAUAUAACUAUACUGAUUUGAUCAUAAGUUAACAAAUGUCAAUGAGUGUUAUUGCUCUAAUUUAAAUAAUAAAUCUAUUUUCUCAUAAA